AACCCCCCCAAUGUUGCUUCAAGAGACGAGCGCUGGAGACCUCCUGACACGGGCAGCAGCUCAGGGGGACAUCGAGGAGGUGAGGAGAAUGCUGCACCAAGAGAAGAUCCAUCCGGACUGCCUGAACCACUUCGGGAGGACCGCAUUGCAGGUGAUGAUGUUCGGCAGUACGUCAGUAGCAUCAGAACUGCUGAAACAAGGAGCCACGGCGAACAUUCAAGACCCGUAUGGCAUCACACCGGCACACGAUGCGGCCCGCACGGGUUUCCUAGACACGUUGCAGAUCCUGGUUGAGUACGGCGCAGAUCUGAACGUGUCUGACGUCUCAGGGUCACUCCCCAUCCACCUGGCUCUUCGUGAAGGUCACAUCCCUGUCAUUGUCUACCUCGCCUCACGAUCCAACCUGCAGCAUUGUGACCAAGAGGGGAAAACGCCCCUACAGCUCGCCUCCAUGCUUGACCCCAGCCUGGCAGCCAUUUUGGAGCAGUAUACGUAGAAGACCCCCCCCCCAUUCGAGGGCAUCGAAACAGGCCACGUGAACAACAGAUGGUGGGAUCCAUAUUGUUAACGCUGUGUGUUUAGUAUUGUGCAUGGGCUCCGCCGUAU